UGUACAGGGAUGUGAAGCCGCCAGGAUAGGUGUAGAACGAUGGCGAAUGCAGCCAUCAUGACGUCAAUCACGUGCGCUGCAAGAUUACAGCUGAGACCGUUCGUCGUCGCGGCUAGCGACUCGGUGUACGCCAUGUACCGAUCCUCGAUGCGGCGCGACACCCCACCCCCGUACAGUCGUGACAGGUCCCGCAAGAGGUCACGGAGCUGCUCACGAAGACGCUCUCCUACUAGCCCGCGCCGCUACUCUGCCCGGCGCUCCCGGUCCAGAUCACACGACCGCUCCCGGUCCAGAUCAUACGACCGCUCCCACCACAGGCACGCUGCCCUGCACCACCGCUCCCCCACCAGUCCACGCCGCUCCUUGUCCCCCCGCCACCACCCGACGACCUCCCGCCGCUCGCCGCACUCCCGUGAACACUCUCCGGCUGCAAGCCGAUCCCGAUCAUCCCGAGCCUCAUCAUCCCGGGACUCUCAUCGGAACCGCUCACCACCGAAGUCUACGCUGUAUAAGGGCACCAGCAGAGAACAGCGUCAUUACUCACCCAGUUACCGUUACAGUGCAGCCAGAGACCACCGCUCUCCUGAUCACCCUCUGGCCAAUCCCAGUGCUAACAGAUAUGCAUCUGACCAUGACUCCAUAUCAAGUUCUAGUGACUGUCAUCCCAUCCCCGAGUGGCCCUGUUCCUCUACAGGACUCCAGGAUAGAAGACCAGAUGAACCACUACCCAUGCCAAAAAAGUCAAUUUUAAAGAAACGUACUGAACUGGAGGCUAUGCACAAUGACCAGUCUCCACGGGUUGAUAUUUCAAGUAACAAAGAUCUAAAAGAUUUAAAGUCCUCUCCAGCUCCAGUGAGAAGCAGUGACGUAGGCUCUAAUAGUUCUAAGGGCCCCGACCAGACUAUCUUGCCACAAACCACAACCAGUCAUAAUCCCACAAAGCCUUUUGUAAAAUGUAAGGAAGACGUUAAAACACCAGAUAAUAAUGUGGACAACUUUCUGUUACCGCAUAAACAGGCAAAGGAUAUUGAGUGCAAAUUAUCUACUUUCCCGGCAAAAGUCAAUAUUUCUGGCAAAACUCUGGAUCAGAAUCAAAGAAGUACCUCGGAAAUUGAAGAUGAGGAAAGAUUCUUGUAUGGCGACGAAGAUAAUAAGAACGAGGCUUCCGAGAAGGUGUUAUCUAGCCAAACACAAUCUGUACCUGCACCUGUCGCCGAUCCCAAUCAGCAGGAGUUUGAUAAGAUCCAUGAUCUGCUGAAGACAAUCGGGUUGGACAUUGGCGUUGCAGAAAUCGGAAAUCUCGCCACCAGAACUCAAGAACGGCUUCAUGGAAAGAAACUUGUUCCAAAGUUUCCGCAGGCCCCAAAAGAGCAGACACCACCAGUACUCCAACGCACAGUAAAGGAGUCGAUUCCCAAAGAGCAGGCUAUUCCCUCACCCAAAGUAGAAAUACCCACACAACCACCCACCAUUAUCCCUGUGCCUGAGCCAAUAUCUUCUGCUUCCGAAAUUCCUAUGUAUCCUACCUACAGUUAUACACCAGUAGUACCUAGCUUUUCAAUGCCGCCACCAAGCCAUAAUCCCUACUCACCCUAUCCGACUUAUCCCGCAUCCAGCUGGCCAGUGUAUCCACCAGUCCAUAAACCUGCCCCUAAGGCUUCUCACAAAAUCUACACCCACCGUAAUUUGAGAGUCAUUGAAACUUCGGAAGAACUUAUCAAAGAUGAUGUCAGACCAUCAAUUGCUGUAGAUGCUCCUACGGCUUCUCUAAAAAUCUACACCUCUGGUAAUUUACGGGUCAUUGAAACCACUGAAGAGGAAGAUGUCGGACCAUUUGCUGUAGAUGGCCCUAUGGAUUCUCUCAAAUUCUACACCCCUCGUUAUUUACGGGUCAUUGAAACUACUGAAGAGGUUAUCAAGAAUGAUGAUGACAGACCAUCAGUUGCUACAGUGGAUGAACUACUGCCCAAACAGGAAGCCAAUUGCCGAAGUGAAACUGAGAAGAUCAUAGUCACGGGGGAGCUGAAUAAGAAAGAGCAUACAGCCAAGACCGAAAACCUGCAGACACUGAAUACAAAGACGGAGCAGCUAAGUAACCAUCAAGGACUUCUGCUACAAGAGAAGCCGACGGAGAAUGGUGGUCAGAAGGACCCUAUACUAGAGGAACUGAAUUCUUUUUUGUCAAGUGACCAGAAGCAGAUUAGCUCCCUGAAUCCAGAACUUGAUGAAACAAAAGAGAAGAAGCAGAAUCUCAUUAAGGGCUCUGAUGGUGAGUCAGAGGCCGGUAGUGACUCCGAGGCUAAGACGAAGAGCAGCAGUGACCCAGUGUCUUUGCGUGACAAACACAUGAGUGACCCAUUAAAUCAGGGGAACAUUAAAUCAGGGGAAGUCCCCUCAUCUGCAAGCUCAUCAAACUUGCCCAGCAGCACUGUGAAUUCAGAAGAAGACAUCAAGCAUAGAUGCACUCCACCAAAAUCAAGCCCUCACUUGAUAGAUAAAUCAGAGCCCAACUCGUCUUGCUUCUCGAAGACUGAUAGUUUAAUUUCUCAAAACAAGUUGAAGCCAAAAAGCACAAGGUCCAGAGCACCAUCUUCCAAGUCGUCUUCUGAGCAGAAGGAACCUACACUCAAUUCUGAACUAUUUGAAUAUUGUGAUUAUUGUGAUUAUUGUGAUUAUGGUGGAUAUUGGUGUGAAGACUGCUGCACUACCUUCAUGAGUCCGCCAGAGUUCCUACUGCACUUGCAUGAUGAAAAGCACACUUUGAACUUGAAAGAGCAGAAAAAGCCCUGGGCUAAAAAGAAAGCUAAUACUACUGUCCGGAAACAAAACGUGAAUGUUCCUCUGAGAGGUCCUGAGUACAUGCUCCCAAUUCGUGGAUACUACUGUGAGCUAUGUAAAGAACUCUUUCCAGAUUACGUUGCUGCUCUAGAGCAUCUCAAAACUCAUGCACACAAUGAAAAGUACAAGAAACGCGUGAAUAGGAAUUGCAACUAUGAAUUAAAGCGUCAUAAGAGCAAGAAACAAGAGUUGUUAGCUGCUCAGGUGGAAUUUUGCAAACCAAUGGACAGAAAACGCAAAGCUACUAGUCACGAAUAUGAGCCCCCUAAGCAGAACAAAUCUAAGAAGGCGAAAAGAGAGGAACACAAGGAGAAAAUAGUUGUCAAACGCAGAUCAUCUCUACCAACAGCCAAGUCUGAUAAGAAAGAAAAUACUACUCCAGCUAAGAAGCCAGUUGAAUCCUCUACAGUCGGGAAAUUUGUUUGGAAGAUACCAGAAAACAAAAGCCAAAUCGUUAGUAGCACAUUGACAGUUGAGAGUGCUGCUAAAAACGAUUACUCUAAGGGGCUUUCUGUGAAGGAAAAGGGAAUUGAAAUCAAAUUAUUGGGUAAACCCAAUAAUACACAGGGAAGCCCUCUAUAUUCAACAUCCUCCUCCUCCUCUAUUGAAUCCAGCACAUCAACUGUCUCAACAUCCACCACCAGUUCUUCUACUACUACUACUACUACCUCUACUACAUCAUCUUCUACAACACAAACUAGAGUUCGACCCAAUCUGCCAGGUCCUACCAUCCUCAAAAAAACUCCCUCCGUGGUUCCAGUAAGCAAGCCCGUUCCUCUCAGUACUUUCUUGUCUAAAAAAUCUUCAAGCACCUCAUCAAAAUCUUUUCCUAUAUUGGAACCCGCAGUAGUCUUGUCAGAUGAUUUGGGUUCCGAAGCUUUUGGAGGACAAUUGGUGAAUCUAAAAGAAACUGAAGAGUCCCUACUGAAACCAGAACCGGUUUCCACAGUCAAAACGACAAAGGUGACCUCUAGUGAUGUGAAAGUGGCUCAAGAAAAUACCAUUUCAAAAGCAGUUACAGGUUCUGUAAAGGUCCAGCAUAUGCAGAGUACGAUGUCUUCUAGUCAAAGUCCUAGUCAUGUGGCACAUGCCCAAACAAGUCAGCCUCAAAUUAACACAACACCUGCCAAAAUUGAGUCCCAUAAAGCAGUGAUUGUUCCAAGUAAUUCAACAAACAGUACAUCACAGGCUGAAAAAGGCGAGGAUUGCAAAGCUUCCAAUACGCCACUGGCUAGUAUGCCUGGGAACAACCAUUCACAAGAGAAAGAAAUAAAGAUAAUUUUACAAAAACCUGCAGAAACCAAGGCACCUAGUAAACCAGAACAGAUUGCUACCCAAUUCACCUCUCUUUCAAUGAACCCAGUGACUUUGUAUGAACAAAAGAUCAAUAAGGAAACCACUGCCCUAAAACCAUCAGAGAACAAGCCUGUUGCAACUACUGCUCCAAGUGUGAAUCCAACUUCAGUGCCUGCUGUGAAGCCAAAUCCCACUUACAAUGCUACUGCCAAACUCAACCAAAAAUUUAAAAGGGCACCUCUGUCUCUGCCAUUUUCAUUCUUUGGCCAUGUACCAGAUCUAGAGUAUAAAGAUAUUAAAAUAUCAUUUGCCAGAGCCCAGAACUCCAGUACUCAACCAGAGAAUUCUGCAGCGGGUCAGCAGACCAUUGAGCAGGAAAAGGUGACCACCAAUUUGUCUGCUAAAAUGAGUCCCGCUAAAGAUCUGCAGCAUGAACUGGACUCCUAUUACAUGCAAAUAGCUACAGAAGACAAUCCUGAAGACUUAACAACUUCUGAAGAUCAAGAAAUGGAAGCUCCACCAGUUGUCAUUAGUGUUCCUGUCCAAGUAAAUAUGGAAAAUCCCCCAAAAAACAUAAAACUAGAGAAGGCACAGCCUCACACGACUCCAGUAAAGCCUGUUAUACCAGUUGAAUCUUGUGAAGAUCUGGACGACUCUGAUAUGGCAUGUGAAGUUCCUGAUGUCCCCUUGAAUGCUAUAACGAACUCCAUGCAUAAAACCUUUGGUCAGAACGUUGAGUCGUCCAGUUAUGCAUCAUCACAAGUCUGUGGGACUGCGGCCAAGCAGCCUACGCAUUUUUCAAAUUGAAAAUCUUUUGGGGAUAAGGGCUGUUUAAAGCCAAUACAAGAGAAGACCCCGCCUGUAACAGACUAUUCUGAGGAUGACUUGUCUGUAUUAACCACAUGUGAUUCCGACUAAACACAUGCUCACCGCUUAGAUGAACAGUAAAAUUAAUUGUAACAAAUGUCUUGAUUUGUAGGGUCCACUUCCCUGUAGUAUAAGAGGAGACCUCUGAUCAUUCUCCAGCUUCUACACAAACUGUAUUUUCCAGUCGCUGCUAGCCCAGCCUUUGCUUCCAGCAAAAUGACUUCUUUGUGUUAUUACAUCCCGCAGAUUUGUUUUAUGUUAAGAAACCGCUUUCAGCAUUUAAAUGUACUCCCAAUUUUUCCAUUGUUACCUUAUGCCAGUGGUACUCAAAUUCGGUCCUCAGGACCCCAAACAGUUCACAUUUUCCAGGUCAUCUAGCAGAUGCACAGGUGUUGUCAUUACUCAAUGACCUAUUUUAAAAGAUCCACAGGUGGAGCUAAUUGAUUCUGUGAGGAGACCUGGAAAACAUGCACUAUGUGGGGUCCUGAGGACCGAGUUUGAGAACCUGUGCCUUAUGCAAUUUGAUUUAAAAUUGUAUUGUGCAUCAAAUUCUUGUACAAGGAUAGUUCUUUUGGCUUGUAAGUAUUUUUGUCUGAGAAGGACAAUGUUUUCCAUUUCAGAUGUUUGGAAAGUGAUCUAAUUAAGCUAGAUAUGUCCCGGGACCAGAGAGUAAGUACAUUCUCCACUAGGAAAUGGCUCUGCAUGGGGCAAGCUUACCUUUCAUUUUCAAACUUGCUGUGUUCUGUAAAUAUUUGUUUUAGGGUCACUUUUCUUUGUACAUGUGCAUACCUGUGUUUUUGACGCUUUUAGGUUGAGUUCAUCCUUUGUUGUUGCGUACAAUAAUUCUUCCCCAGGCAUUGUGGUAUCCUGCAGAAGACAGAUUAUGAGUCGAGUUGAUGUGUAAGACUGCAGAUCCAACCAUGAAUAUUGCAUACGUUGUUACUGCCUUUCGGAGAGAAAUGACGUAAACGCAUGCAGUGACCCAGUGCAGUUCAGCUGCAUGUUAAGAAGACUGAAAGGAACACAAUAUAGUGGUCACACACAUCCUGUGCUUGUAAUACCUUUCCUCUUCUCGGAAUGUGUGUUCUUUUUUUGUUUUUUUUUUUGUUUAAGCACAGUGUAUGCUAACAAUUACAUUUCAAUAAAAGGUGAUCAUAGUUAUUUUUA